GCCGCGAUCAUCAGAGCGCCGCCGUGCCACCGUCUCGUCGCUUGCGGGAAGCGAUGAGUCUCCGCUGCCGUGGUCAGUGACGAACGCUGCGAGCUUCGGGGUGCAACCGCUUCAGCCAUGCACUAGCGGGCCUACGGUAGAUCGGCAAACCUUUUGUUAUUUUUUAAUUCAAAAUUUAGCUUUAGCCCCGCUCCCCCGUGCGCCCCGUAGCCGUUUUGGUGGAAGUGUUCCAAGCCCCGUAAACCAACCCAAGCCUAGCGCGGCCGACUCCCCGCUUCGCAGGAUGGUGCCUUCACGGACGGCGUCUAAAUUAUUCGGUGUUUCGUUUGUGAGUCGCAAGAUCUCCUCGUCGUGCAGUGACGCUCCUGUGUACAGAAUGGAUAACAGCAGCUUACGAGCCACCAGCCUCCUAAGGAUUUUCGCCUGCGUCCUUUUGCUACUGGCACACAGCCUUCCUGUAGAAAGUAAAUGUGCAUUCCGGGGGAAGUGUGGUAUACACGAGGACACAGAGAAAGAUGUCCCUUGCGUGUACAGUGGCGAAGGGCAGCCCCUGGAUAAAGAGGGCCUAGACAUCAUCAAGGAAAUAUGCCCCCAUCUACUACAAGGUGAUCAACCAAAGUUCUGCUGUGAUCUGAACCAACUAGAAAAAAUGAAUGAAGAGCUCAAACAACCCAUCAGCUUAGGCAUGGGGAAGUGCCCCACUUGCUACAGCAAUUUUGUGCGGAUAUUCUGCGGCUUCUGUGACCCGAACCAGGGUGACUUCAUCGCUGUCAACACAUCUGAGCCUAGCGAAGAAGUUGAAGGCCAGUUCAAGGCCACUGUGGUCGACUAUGCCAUUAGUGAAGAAUUCAUUCACGGUGCAUUCAACUCGUGCGCCAACGUCAUGUCAGUGAUAUCAGGCACGACAGUGAUGCAGCUCAUGUGUGGAGCCCAUGGUAGUGACUGUAAACCCCAGUACUGGGUCGACUUUUUGGGUUCCACGCCGGAGGAAGGCGACGGGUUUUCACCUUUCAAGUUCAACUACAUCGUCACCUCGAAAGAAAGUGUUGUGAGCAGUGGGGCCACGCUGAAGCCAUACAACCCAACCUUCCACAAGUGUUCCGAUCCGUUCGGUCCCAGCCAGCAGAAGUGCAGCUGCAGCGAUUGCCCGGAGGUUUGCAUUCCGCAAGAACCGCCGCUGUUACCGCCCUCACCAGAGCCAUUCACCAUGGGCCGCUAUGAUGGCAUGCUGGUUGUGUCCAUGUUGCUGUUUGUGCUCCUGAGCACAGCCGUCCUGAGCACAUUCUUCCUCAAAAGUCACAAGAGGAAAACAUCAUUCCAAGUGUCGAACUCGUCGGAGUCCAGUGUGUCGGACACGAGCAGCAACAGCAAUGACACGAUCAGGACCCCCCUGCACCGGCCCUCAAAGCCGGCGCGCUCAAUUUUGUUGGCAGCCGUGGAUCUUGGCUCCCUUGAGGAGGUGGAACCUCUGAGAUCAAAGCGCUCAAUGAGUGGUCAAAGCUUUCCCUACUCCCCGAGCAACUCUCCUCCGGGCUCACCCAUCGCCCUGCGCCCUUCGCCGCUUUCCGGCGAUGCCGCGGAUGGCGGCAUCAUCAAUGGAGUCGUUAACGGGCUUGGCAACGGCGUGGCCAACGGUGAUGCUGCAGUGUCCAAGGUGGUCGCUGGCGGCACUGGCGAGGAACCCCACGUGCGGACGCUCUCCUCAUUCGGGGCGAUGAUGGAGCAGCUGCUGCAGGCGGGCUUCCACCGCUGGGGCCUCUUCGUGGCGCGCAACCCCUUCCUGGUGCUGGUCGCCGCCCUGGCGGUCAGCGUGCUCCUUUCGUUGGGUCUUCUCAAGUUCACUGUGACUACCAACCCGGUUGACCUCUGGGUGUCCCACAGUAGUCUGGCCCGCAAGCACAUGAACUACUUCAACAGCCACUUUGGUCCUUUCUACCGUGUGGAGCAAAUCAUCCUGCGUCCAAAAGCCCAAGACUUCUUUGUUGUGGAGAAGAAUGAGAAAAACACAACAUACGGGCCGGCCUUUGAAAAGAACUUCAUGAUGGAGGCUCUGAAGCUGCAGUUGGCUGUCGAGUCGGUGAUCGGAAAGCUGACCCCCGACGGUAUGCUUCUGCACGAGGGCGAGGAGGAGAAAUACAGGCCGGAGGAUCUGAAGAACGUGACCAUCUAUGAUGUCUGUAUAUCUCCACUGGCACCGCUGAACAGGAACUGUUCGGUGCAGAGUGUGUUCGCUUACUUCCAAGACAGCAUUCACAAGCUGAACAUGACAGAUGGCAUAGAUCCGUUCUCCUACCUUCACCACUUCGACAACUGCAGCAAAAAUGUUGCAAACGUGGGCUGCUUUGCAAAAUACGGUGGACCAAUCGACGACAUCUCUCUGGUGUUGGGUGGAUUCAAUGGCACCGACUUCCAUCUGGCCACUGCUUUGGUGAUCACCAUCCCUGUGACCAACUACAACGACGACGUGAAGAAGUACCCAGCGCUUGCCUGGGAGAAGGAGUUCAUCAAGCUUAUGAAGCGCUACAAUGACUCGGAACUGAUGACUGUUGCCUUCAUGGCUGAGCGAUCCAUCGAAGAUGAACUAGAAAGGGGCAGUCAUUCGGACGUCGUCACAGUUGGGAUCAGCUAUAUCAUCAUGUUUGCGUACAUCGCAAUUGCACUGGGUGACAUCAACAGUUGCAGUAGACUUUUGAUUGACUCAAAGAUUUCCCUCGGCCUGGUGGGUGUGCUCAUCGUGCUGCUCUCGGUGGUGGCCGCACUUGGCAUCUUCAGCUUUUUCAACGUUGCUGCAACGCUCAUCAUUGUCGAAGUGAUUCCCUUCCUCGUGCUUGCUGUCGGUGUUGACAACAUCUUCAUCCUGGUGCAGCAGUUUCAGCGUGAUGAACGUCGCGAAGGAGAGACAACGGUGGAGCAAGUUGGCCGUCUGGUUGGAGAGGUGGCACCCAGCAUGAUGCUGUCCAGCGUCUCCAUGUCGGCCUGCUUCUUCAUCGGUGCCUUGACAGAAACUCCCGCAGUGCGGAUCUUUGCACUCUAUGCUGGUGUCGCGCUGCUUAUCAAUUUCUUUUUGCAAAUGACCUGCUUCCUUGCCUUGUUUACUAUGGACACACUUCGUCAAGAGAGCAACCGCCUAGAUCUCUGCUUCUGUAUAAAGGCAUCAAAGAAGAGCAAGCCCUCUGAAAACACUAGUCUGCUUUACAAGUUCUUCAAGACAGUCUAUGCACCUUUCCUGCUCAGCGACUCUGUACGAGUUGUUGUGAUGGUGGCCUUUAUUGGAUGGCUGUGCUCCUCCAUUGCUGUCAUAGGCAAGAUUGAGAUUGGCCUUGACCAGGAGCUUGCUAUGCCUCAGGAUUCCUACCUGCAGCAAUACUUCGACUAUCUCAAGAAGUAUCUUAAAGUUGGGCCUCCCGUGUACUUCAUGGUCACCGAGGGCUACGACUACUCGGACGUCAAGAAACAGGCCAGGCUGUGCAUCAAUGAACAAGUCUGCGACCAGGACUCCGUCGGAGCUAAGCUCAAGCAGCUGACUUUUCUAAGCAACAGGACGUAUGUGACGAGACUGCGGUCAUACUGGCUGGACCAGUACAUCCUUUACAUGCGGUCCUCGGAUUGCUGCUUUGAAACCAUCAAAAAUCACGAUUUUUGCUACUCCGACUACGGCACUGGAAACGGAACGUGCCAAUCCUGUAGCGUGCCGAGAUCUGAACCUUUUGCAGGGGAACAAUUUAGGCACCGCCUUUCCUGGUUCCUGAACGACGUGCCUAGCCCUAAGUGCUCUUCAGCUGGUCGUGCCGAGCACGGACAUUCGAUCAACCAUGAAAAUGGGACCAUUACUGCCGCCUACUAUUCAGCCUAUCACCCUGUGCUGAAGACGUCGAAGGAUUUCUACACGGCCCUAGAGUGGGCUCGGCUAAUAUCCCACAACUUGACACGCAUGGUUCAAGAAGUCCAGCCUGAGUCUAAGGUGAUCCCAUACAGCCUGGUGCACGUGUUCUACGAGCAGUACCUGACCAUGUGGCCAGACACGUUCAAGAGCCUGGCAUUCUCGCUGGGCGCCAUCUUUGUUGUCACCUUUGUGCUGCUGGGGCUGGACUUCAUGUCUGCGCUGGUUGUCACCUUCACCAUCGUCAUGAUCAUUGUCAACCUGAUGGGCCUUAUGUACUGGUGGGACAUCUCCCUCAACGCUGUGUCCCUCGUCAACCUGGUGGUGGGCGUGGGCAUCUCCGUCGAGUUUUGCUCCCACCUGGUGCGGGUGUUUGCCUUCAGCGGUGCUCCUACUAGGGUCAAGCGAGCCCAGGAUGCUCUCACCAAGAUGGGAAGCUCGAUUCUGUCAGGCAUCACGCUGACAGACUGCGGGAUCCUGGUGCUGGCGUUUGCCAAGUCGCAGAUCUUCCAGGUGUUCUACUUCCGCAUGUACCUGGGGAUCAUCGCUUUUGGCACGCUGCACAGCCUCAUCUUCCUGCCUGUGUUCCUCAGCAUCCUAGGUCCUCCAGUGAACAAGGACAAGUUAAUAGAACACAUUCAGCUCCACGAGAUGGCGACGGUGAUUCCCACCCCAAUAACGAGGCCCAAGAGCGACAAAUAUACUCCAAAGGAUGUGAGCGCAUAAGGAAGCUCUAGCUACAUAUUUAAAAUUGUGCAGACCUGCAUCGCAAGGAGAGAGGGGGGGGAAGGAGACGACUGCCAGCAGCAGCCCUAACCAUCCAGUGGCCAACCACUCUCGGCCGCGAAGCGCGUCGUCCUUCCAAGUUUACUUCUCACGUUUCGUCAUGGCAUGACAGCAGCACUUCCAAAUAUGGCUGUUACACGGCUAGCACGUGGCUCCUUGUCUUUUUGUUUUUUUUUGUCCAGUUCUUAUUUUUUUUCUUAUUUUUUCCUGUAAUAUGUACAUGUGAUACAGUCCUCUGUGGGCACGGCCUCAUUGCUACCCUCUCUCGUGCUCCCUCUACGGGACUAGGUGAGCAGUUGCCUCUGGUGAUGCAAAACUUACAUAAAAGUCCGCUUGUCCGUGUGUGUGUGUCUGUGAGAGAACUGCAUAGUGACUGAAAAUGCUGAAAAGCAUCAAAGAUGCACUCUUAAGUAUGGCUAGAGCACUCCUCUCAUUUUUUUUUUUUUCGUUUUUGUAUGGGUAUGCCUGUUUGUAGUGGUGCUGCUAUUGCCAACCUGUACAUUGCAGCUGAGCUUGCAGUGCUGAUAGCUGCGUUGUUGUCAGAGGAUGGCCAACCUCCUCCUGUGUGAUUGUUCGACAAGCAUCGCUACUCUCGUCGCAGUCUUGCUUUGCUCGUCCUAACAGUUUUGCAUCACCGGCACAGUGUGCCCUGCAGUGGGGAUCUUGCAGUGCGGUGCAAAUCUACAGCAGAGACUUGCAGCGCGUAUCUCUUAAGCGAAACGCGUUGUGCGCGUGUAUACAUUUAUUGAAUCAAUCUUCACAUUACAUUAAUGAGAUGUGGCUGUCCAUUAUUCUUAUUUUUUCCCUUUGUAUUCAUUGACAUCUUUACACAUUGCAACAUUUUGGAGUAGCCACUCUCGUUUCGCAAUUUGUUUCUUAUACUGACUUUUUAAAUGAAUGUUCCCAAUUGAGAUUGCAAGUAAGGAGCGUUCUUUCACAAGAUCAAGAAAGUGCUGAUGUGACAGUGCACAGGGCGCGCAGGGUUUGUAGUAUCAUCUACUCUCACGUACAACCACUCUGUGGAUAUUACGCUACAGUCACGUUGGAGCCUUGCCGAGUUAAUUGUUGCAAGGUGAUACUUGCUUCGUGGUGCACGGCGGGCGUUUCAAGCCAGCCUGUCCCAGCAGCACUUUGGUCUUUAUGUUCUCAUGCAGGAGUAGUAAAUGGUUUUUAAGCGAACACCAUUCUUAUUUUAUAUAGCUGUAUGCAAAGAAGCAUUGGAGGUACACAAUUAUGCUUUGACUGUCGAUACCUUUUUCUUUUUUUGAGUCAGCGCAACCUCCUUUCACUUUUUUUUUUUCUUUUUAUACAUUCCACAUUGGCUUUGCGCGUUUCCCUCGCAUGUGUGAAAUGCGUGGCUCAGUGACUUAAGUGCGUGCUUAGGUCUCAUGAAAUGGGCUGCGCCUCCAAAACUGUUAAUGUUGUUGUUGUUGUUGAGGCUCAGCCAUUUUUCUUUUUGGACUCGAGUACGUGUGUCACGUUCGAUGGGAGAGAGUCUAGCCCCCGAAUUUCGGAACCUGCUCAAUUCUCUGCUCUUGUUUUUCUCUGUCAAGUGUGAUAACAAGCCCCUCUUUGACUAUGCUUGCUCAGUGGGCUUGCUUAACACACUUAGGUGUACCUCUACAUUCUUUGCAAACCUCAGCGUGCUCCCUGAAAUCUUUGGUGGGCGAGAGUUGCUUGGAUGACGUCCUUUCCACUCCAGCAGAUAGUCCUGUAGAUACUGGAACUGGCUGGUUGCGAAAUUUCAGUUGCGGAGUUUCCGAGGUGCAUUACCAGAGUGCGGUGACCACAUAAAUCAAGAGGUGGCAUUGGCCUCCAUUUGGUUAGUCUGCAGAGAGCUUUGAAUUGAGCUGUGCUCGUGAGUGUUCUGGGGGUGAGUGUCUGAAGUGCGUUUACAACACUACGGUGCACUAUCCUAGCCUGUUUUUCUUUUUCUUGGUCUUGCACUAUUUCUUUUUUUUCUUUCUCGCGAGCAAAAAGGUAGGUGCCUCAUCGGCCCCUUUCUUACUUUUCAUGUAUGAACAAAAAAGAACGUUCCACAGUGACCAGACCCACGGAUGUGUGUAUUGUCUGAGCAUUGUCGUCUGCCGAGUGGUGUUGUCUGCAGUGUGUGAAGCAUUCUAGUCUUUCUUCCUCUUUUUUUUUUAAUUACUAAGGGGUGUGAAAAUGAAGCAGUUGCAUCUUAUUUAUUUUUAAUUGUAGCGGGGAAUUUAACAAAAUUGGCAUGUACUUCCCAUAAGCGUGCAGAUUUACGCAUUGUGCGUGGUCUGGCUUUCCAUCAGUCCAUGGUGCUUGAAAUGUGGUGUUUCACUCACGUUUUAUGUGGAGAGAUACUGACUCUUCUUCUUUCCUGUGCCUUUUGGUGGUUGCAGAAGGGCAGUCGUUUCACUUAUAUUUAUAAAACCAAGUUUCCCCCUUUGUUUUAUUAACAAUGCUCACCAGCUGAAGUAAGUAGUGAAGGUUCACAUGGGCCCCUGUUCUUACUGUCUUAAUGCUUCACAAUUUUUUUUUUCGAAGUUGUUGUCAUUGUGGGCAUUAAGGCUCUACCUUCUCUUUAACCUGGCUGCCUUCCACGAAACUCAGUCUGUGGCAAACAUGCAUUUCCGUAGAGAUGAGAGAGAGAAAUGAAAAAAAAAAAAAGAGGAACCAGUUUGAUCUUGUGAUCCUAGUGAACAUUCGUGUGAUAGUGUGCUGUUACCACUAGGAAGGAUUACACAGAUGUGUGUGGAGACAUGGAACAUUCACACCCACAUCACUGCUCUGGAACAAGUUGUAAAGGAGAAUUGUACAGUAAGACCAAUAAAUAUGAAAUGUGUUGUCUUGUGGUA